AGUGUUGUACACAAAAAUGGUCCAUGUAACAUGCACAGCACAUGGAUUAAAUAGAGUUGCCGAAUAUAUCCGUAUUCAAUAUCCCAAAGUAGAUAAACUGGUUGCUAAUGUUAAAAAAGUAUUUAAAAAGGCACCAUCUCGUAUUAUAAAAUUUAAGACUGAUGCGCCUAAUAUAGCUCUACCCCCCGAACCAAUUCUGACACGAUGGGGAAUAUGGAUUUCCGCUUCAAUAUAUUAUUGUGAAAACUUCCAAAUUGUAAAAAAUAUUGUUGAAAGUUUUGAUGAAGAUGAUGCGCUUUCAAUUAGAAAUGCUCAAAAAUAUUUUAAAGCACCACAGAUUAAAGGUAACUUAGCAUUUAUAAAAUCAAACUUUGAGUGCCUUCCUACGGCUAUAACACGUCUUCAAAAACAAGGCAUGGCAUUAAUAGAAGCGAUACAGAUUAUUGAAGAUGUUUCAGCCAAAUUCAAUAAUUUAAAAUGCCAGACCGGAAUCAAAAUUAACGAGAAAUUACAGACAGUUCUUACUAAAAAUAAAGGGUUUCAAAUUGUUUGCAAUAUUUCAAAAAUAUUAAACGGAGAAGAAGAAAACGUUGGUUGUUUAGAUAUACCUGAAAACUUAACAAGUAGUGACAUGGGAUAUUUCAAGUAUGCCCCUACCACGUCAGCUGAUGUAGAGCGUUCAUUUUCUGUGUACAAAAACCUCUUGGCGCCAAAUAGGAGAUCAUUCAAGUUUGAAAAUAUAAAGAAAUCGCUGAUUGUACAAUGCAAUACUUAUUUUGCAGGCGUCGAAGAACAAUAGAACAUUGAAGCAUUUAUUAUUAUUAUUACAAGUCCAUUUUUCAAGUCAUUUUAUAAUUAGUAAUU